AUGUGCAGAAAAGCUACUUGCGCCACUUGCCGUGCGUCCGCUCUCCUCCCACCCGUCAUCACCCCCUUCUUAUUACCAUUUUGGGAAGGAUUUGGUCGUACUAACAUCUGCAAAGACAAAGCAACCUGGUGGGGUUGCGGGCAACACAUCCCCGUGGUCUUCGAAUCCAUCCCCGAGAACGACUGGUGCGUCUGUGCGCCCAAGGUCACCGUUGAAGGCAAGGAGUAUCCGCCCAAGGGCACGGUUGCGAAUUGA